CGACUAAAUAAUUUACACUUAUAUACAUAAAUGCAAAAGUGAGCAUAGUUUUUUUUUGUAAAAUUUAAAUAUUUCCUGCUUCAGCGCAGCUAACACGUCUUAAUUGCAAUGAUGGUUAAAAUAGCUUUGAACUUGUAUUGAGAUGCGAACAAGUUCAAAAAUAUUGCUGCAGCAUUGAUGACUGCAGGUGUUAGAUGUCGUCACACAGCUGAUGUUUAUUACGGCAAAAGAAAAACACAGCUUCGUGAGCAUGUCAACGUACUCAUGCGAACUCGUGUGAGGAAAUUUUUUGAACAGAAAUUUUUAUACCGAAAUUACUGACCACAUUUUGUUGUAAAUGAUAACUGUUAAAAUCGGUUGCACAGCUUAUUUCUUGCUUUUGUGUGUGUGAAUAAUCAAAUAUAUGUACACGCUUUAGUCGCAACUUUAUUCAUAGCAUUGCAUGUCCAUGUACAUAUAUCCAAUUAAGUGUGUACAUAUGUAUGCAAUGUUGUAUGACUUGUUUUUCUGCAUCGACUAGCGCCAGUCAAACAAUUGCAGCUUAGUUUUGCUUCGUGUACAAAUACUCGACAAUAAGGUCCAGUUUUCACAAGCUUUUUCGUCGCUGGGUUUUGUUGUAUUCGAUGGCAAAUUAUGCUGGUGUUACAUUAACAUCAUUACGAUUACUUGUUAAAUUAAUUGAUGUUGCAUGGGAGUAGUUGGCGUACCACCUUUUAUAAAAUGAAUAGUUUUUAGUGUAUUUUUCUAUGUUUUUAUGUUGUUUGUAUACUUUCUGUCUCACAACAGUUAUGUGAUUUAAAUUACACUUUAAAAACUGUUCACAGAAAGCUAUGCAAUCAACGGUGCGGAGCUCCACUUCAAUGUGGGUAGGAACGCGCUAUUUACUAGAUUUCCCGGUUUGUUUGUGGACGGGUUUGAAACGAAAUUGAGUUACUCGCGCUGCAGACGACUUCCGAGCUUCCGUUUAUGGUCGUUGUAGCAAACAUUAGGCACACAUAUUCAUAUACUCACACAUGUGGCUAACUACCCCAAUUGCUUUCUUUUCUGUUGCGAAGCUUUUGCUAUGAUAUAAAUGGCAUUGUGCACCAACUGGAGGUUUAUUUAACGCUUUGACGUCAAUGUGCAUUACGAGUUACCAAGCAAAAAAUUGCUACGAACAUAAUAUUUAAUUUCCUUUAAAAGGUGCAAACGCAUUGAAAAUGGCUAGAAGUGCGUUUUAUUUCUCAUGGUUAGCGGUGGUUAGUAUCGCCGCAACAGCACCUUCGACACAUAUUGACCGAGCAAGGCCAUCGCAAGUGGGAAAAAGUGUCGCUACAAUUACACCCAAAUAUUCAGCGGAGGAUUUGCAAUUAAUGCAACCACAUUAUAUCACACUUGAAGAUUUCGAGUCAUUGCUUCGUCGGGCUGGUGAACUCUUUCGACCGAAUGCGUAUCUCGUAGAUGAUAUCACAACAACUUCGGCACAACAGCAUCAUGAAACAAAGCCUGCCGUUACGCCUGCGAGCGUGUCCGCUCCCUAUCAGCAAAUUCAAGCGCCUGCAGUGCAGCCGUUUAACUUCUACAUGCCACUAUUCGAGUAUGAACACGGUAAAUUGGAUAUGAAAAGUAAACAAAUGGAGUAUAUUGUUCCACCACCUGCACCCAGCAAGAGGGCCGAUCCAAUUAAUUACUACGCCGCAAAACCAAAAAAGUUACCGAAAAAAUUUAACGCGGGCACUAAACAAGUUAACUUAAAAUGGUUAAAUACUUUCGAAAAGGAAGCUUUAACCGAUGUUAACGGCCAGUUGCCAAAAGCAGUUUAUUUAGUGAAUGAUGAACGUAACCGUAUUAAUUUUGAUGACUCUUUCUUUGGCGUUGACAUGCAAGUUAAAAUUCCAAAUAACCAACCACACAAGGAAUACCCCAACUAUAGUGCGGGUGCACGACCACAAGAUGAAUUUCUUAACCAGGGCGAAGAUGGUGGUGAGGAUGAUUUGAUGGCAGCCGCCGCGGGGCAGAUGGAAGAAACCGUUACACAUGUCUAGUAUAAAUAUUUAGUCUUAAUUUAUUGGUUACACUUUUUCUAUUUAUGUACAUAUGCAUACAUAUUUUUAUAUGCUGUAAAUAUUACCUAAGAGUGUUUGUGGGAUCUUAUAGCUAAUAAAAUCUGUGAAAUCCGCAAA